AUGGAAUCAGAUUCGGUUUCUGAUCAUGAUGAGGACUCCAAACAAAGAGGUCCGAUGAUCAAAUCAAAAGCGAAUAAAGCGAAACUAGUAAUAACUUACAAUAAAAAGGGUGUCCCAGUUGGAAAUGAAGCCACAAAACUAUCUACUUUUGAGGGUUUGGUUACAAGGAUAAUGGUGCCCAUAACUUAUGCCUCUUGGUUAGAAGUUAGUGAUGAGACAAAGGAUGAGUUAUGGCAAUAUGUUUUGAUGCAAGAAACUGGCAAGACGAAAGAGGAGAUUGAUAGGUCAAUGUUGUGGAAAGAAGCGAGAGAAUUGAAAAUAGGAGGAUACGACUCAAAUGUCAAGAUGAUUGUUGAUAGAAUUGAUGAGCUGCAGAAAUCGGGAAGUUUUGGAGAGGUUACAUGUGGAACACAUGAUGUGCUUACAGAGGCCUUGGGUACUGAGGAACAACACUGGCGUGUACGUGGGAUGGGCGCAAGUUGCCAAAUAUGGGGCAAUAUUGAAGAUUUUGAAAACGAACCACUUGAAGAAUCACUUGAUAAUUCGUGUCUUAUUGCGGUUGACAUUGCCUCAAAUGUAGUCGCUAAAGGAACCAUAAUGAAGUAUAGUGCAUCAAAUGAAAACAUUCAAGUUAUGAUGGAAAUCCCUUUACAAGGAGAAGCUUUACCACCUAUUCCACUUGAAUAG